AGCGAGGACCUUUUUCUCUCGCUGUUCCUUUCAAACCAUCCCCCUUCGACUGCUUCGUUUUUUUUUAAAUCAUAUUUUUUUUUCCGAGCGAUGUGAGGAUGUCGUGCGUCGACGCUUGAGUCGCACGUUGGAUUUCUGAGGAGCGAGCGCGCAAAUUACGCACAUCUGGAGCGGCCCUAUUUUACCCCGCAACACAUUUUCUGUGGCGGGGAGGGGGAGGGGGGGGGGGGAGAGACAAAAAGUUGCAUUUUCAUGUUGGUAAGGAGGCGCUAUCAGUGGUGAGUGAAGACCAGUCCUUAUUUGAGCCGCCGUACGCUGCUGCUGCCCCCCUCCCCAAGACAGACAUGACUGCAUCUGGCGCGCAGGACUAUGGCCAGACUCACAAAAUCAACCCAUUACCCCCACCGCAGGAGUGGCUCAACCAGCCGGUGCGGGUCAACGUCAAGCGAGAAUAUGAGCAUAUGAACGGAUCGCGCAGGGAGUCUCCAGUGGACUGCAGCGUGGGUAAAUGUAAUAAGGUGGUGGGGAAUAACGAGACGUCUCAGAUGAACUAUGGAAACUACAUGGAUGAGAAAAUUGCGCCUCCCCCUAACAUGACCACCAAUGAACGGAGAGUCAUUGUGCCGGCUGAUCCUUCCUUGUGGUCCCAGGACCACGUGCGCCAGUGGCUGGAGUGGGCCAUCAAGGAGUACGGCCUGUUGGAGAUUGACACGUCCUUGUUUCAAAACACGGACGGCAAAGAGUUGUGCAAGAUGAGCAAGGACGACUUCCUCCGGCUCACCACCAUGUACAAUGCCGAAGUUCUUCUCUCUCAUCUCAAUUACCUCAGGGAAAGUAGCUCAUCAUCAUCCUACAGUACACCAUCACACACAGACGCAUCCCCACGUCUGGCUGCCAAAGAAGACCCUUCAUACGAUGCUGUACGACGGACAGGAUGGUCAAACAACAUGCACAGUGCCAAAGGCUCACCAGUUGUAACUCAGAAUGUGACUAAAACCGCCGAGCAGCCCAGAGCUCAACCAGAUCCUUACCAGAUACUCGGUCCCACCAGUAGUCGCCUAGCCAAUCCUGGUUCAGGCCAGAUCCAACUUUGGCAGUUCCUUUUGGAGCUCCUGUCGGACAGUGCCAACGCCGGCUGCAUCACCUGGGAGGGCACCAACGGCGAGUUCAAGAUGACGGACCCGGACGAGGUUGCGCGACGAUGGGGCGAGCGCAAGAGCAAACCCAACAUGAACUACGACAAACUGAGCCGAGCGUUGCGCUACUACUACGACAAAAACAUCAUGACCAAGGUGCACGGCAAACGCUACGCUUAUAAGUUUGACUUCCACGGAAUCGCCCAGGCGCUGCAACCGCAUCCCACCGAGUCGUCCAUGUAUAAGUACCCCUCGGACCUAGCCUACGUGCCUUCCUACCACAGCCACCAGCAGAAGGUCAACUUCGUAUCCCCUCACCCUCCGUCCAUGCCGGUUACCUCCUCCAACUUCUUCGGACCAACUGCUCCAUACUGGAGCUCGCCCGCCGCCGGCAUCUACCCUAACCCCAACGUCCCUCGCCAUCCGAACACCCACGUGCCCUCCCAUCUGGGCAGUUACUAUUAAAACGCCUCGAUGGAGCGUCAAGGCCUGCCGUUGCUGACCUGCCCUCCCAAUAACGCUCGACCCAAAUGACGGCGACGAGGAGGCAUGAGGAGAUGGAAAGAGAUGAUUUUAUAUUUGUUCCAAAUUUCCAAACAACUGGAUGCCUAUAGUCCAAAAAUGGAAUACUGUACUACUUAAUUACCUUUCGAAGACUUGAUGUUUUGGACCUUUAUUUUCCGCAAACCCCCCUGCACCCCCUGAAAGCUGCACCUGGUUCUUCCCCGAAACGUUUGUCAAGCCAAAGUCCGAGGACAGAAGAGCAAUCGCGUCUGCCCAGACAUGGCCCUUUAUUUACGGGUCUCAAUCUACUACGUCCUCCUGAGUACAUCGCAGCCAUUACGCUUGAAAGCAUCCGCUCUUUUUCCACCAUCUACAACCGUGUCGGACGGAGUUUGUUAUUCCCACCACAUCGAAGCCUUCAUCUGGUUUUAUUUCCCCCCCCCCCCGCCCCCCCCCCCCCCCCCCCACUGCCUCUGCUGGUCCAUCUGUACCCUUUUAUGUGUGUGUUGAGAAUCUUCUGGAAUUUGCUGGAAAAAGAUGGAGCCCUCCACCCCCGACCCCCCUCCCCUCCCAACCCCCGCACCACCACACAAGUCACGGACCUUUCUCGGCACUGAAUGAAAGUUGGCAACUGGAAUAUGCCAUUCACAAUUUAAUUUAUCCUCCAAACUGGAAGGCAAGAGUGGAGUUUAACGGUUGGGGGAGGAAGCGCUGUAUGUCUGCUGAACUGUCAGUUGUACUUUAAAUGCUUUCCGCGUUGCGUGCGGAGUUGACGACAGGCAACGCGUACAGCUCUGUUGUGCUGAGGAAGCCGAGUCGAGGCGUAAUUGAAGCAAUUUCGCAACAAAGUCAACCCAGAGCCGACACGCUCGGCUAUUAAAAAGUUUACUGCGUCGUCGCCUCCAAGCCAUGUUUUGUCUCUCCGCCAUGUCAGUAUUAAUGUGAAUGUUGUCCGGUUUGUGUCUUAAAAGAGGAUGCCAAAUCAAAGAUUGUCAGGGGGAUUUCAUUCAUUCAUUCAUCUUCCUAACUGCUUGAUCCUCACUAGGGUCGCGGGGGGUGCUGGAGCCAACCCCAGCUGUCUCCGGGCAGUAGGCGGGGCACACCCUGAAUCGGUUGCCAGCCAAUCGCAGGGCACACAUAGACGAACAACCAUCCACGCUCACACUCACACUUAGGGACAAUUUAGAGUGUUCAAUCAGCCUGCCAAGCAUAUUUUUGGAAUGUGGGAGGAAACCGGAGCACCCGGAGAAAACCCACGCAGGCCCGGGGAGAACAUGCAAACUCCACACAGGGAGGCCGGAGCUGGAAUCGAACCCGGUACCUCUGCACUGUGAAGCUCACGUGCUAACCACUGGACUACCGGGCCGCCCGGGGGAUUUCAUAUUAUCAAGAAAAACAAAAUGGAUUUUGAUGGUCGUGUUCAUUCUUAAAUAUGAAAAAUCCUUCUCUCGGUUUAAUAACGAGACUGCAAAAUCUCAAACGAGUGCAUCGCAAUAAAACCAGUGCCUCCGGUUUACCGUGUGAUGAAAUGAGCAUUGAACCCCGACAGUGUUAGCAUCAUUCUUUAACUGCUGUUCCACGCAGUCUUCAAGAGACUCGAAAUAUCCCCCCCCCCCCCCCCGCCCCCACCCCCCCGAUGAGAAGUCUUGACAAUUUUUGAUUUGUUUCAUGACUGCCACGGUGCCUCAUCUCCUUUCGGGGGCCAGUCGGGGAUCACAUAGGCCACACUGAGGAAGUGGCUUUCUCAAUUUGUUGUCAAGUUGCAUAAUACCGGGGCUGGAUCCUAGUUUGAGAGCAGCAUGUAUGCUUGAAUGUUAGUUUCUCACUGAUCGGAAGGGCCAGAUAAAACAUGCACAGAGACUUCCUCCUCAUGUAAUCGCAUCAUAUCCUAAACAUUUUCAUCGUGGGCCGCACAAGCCGAUAUGAGCAAAUGCAUUCCGUGACCAGUAUUGUGACGCAGACACUUGAAAGUGAAUGACUUUUGGACUAAGCUUAUCAGAGAACAAAACCGAUUUGAAAAUAUGAUGAGAUGAAACACGGAAUUCCUCAGAUUCGCAAACGCUGUGCGUUUGUCAGACCUAUUUUUUAUUAUUUUAGAUGCGUUCAGUCAACUAGGCAUUAAAGCAACUUACUGUAUAAAUUAUGCAGAGCUAUUUUCAUAUGUGACACAGUAUUAAAAAGAGACAAGAGAAUUAAUACGAGUUGACCUCGGUCAAAAAAAAAAAAAAUGCAAAUCUUUGAAGUCCAUUUCUGCUCAGUAGUUGUUGUUUCAGCAUUUAAGCGGUUUUAUGUUUGUACAUUUGAGCAAUACAUUUUUAGCAUUUUUGUGUUUUUUUUAAUGUUCUUCUUAUUGUCGUUAUUUUGUAUGAGAUUGUGUCACAUCCCAAGUGCCUUUGCGCGCACAAUUUUUUUUUUUGUUGCCUUCUCCACCAAAAAACAAGUGACUGCUUGAAAUCAAACACAGGGACAUUUCAACUCUGUGUGUUCUUGAAUUGCUUCUGAAGCCAAACAGACCAAAAAUUGGUGGAUGUCAAGAUAUUGUAUGUAAAUUAAUACAGACGGCGUUAACAUCCACCGACUUCCAGCUGAAAAAGGGAACCUGCAAUUUCUAAUGCGCCACGAACAUUACUUUUAUCUUAACAAUAUCAGUCAAAAGGGACCUAUACUACUUCUUAUAAGCAAUGUAUUUUGGAUAUCACAUACACAGACCCCCCCCCAUGUGUGUGUGCGUGUGUGUGUUUGUACGUGCAUGUGUGUGUGUGUGUGCGCGCGCGUCUGUGUGUGUGAGUGUGUUUAUAAUUGGACAAGUAGCCUAUGCAUUAAUUAUUAUUAUUAUUAUUAUUAUUGUUAAUAAUUAUGAUUGUCAUUCCUGCAAUGUAUGAAGUCGGACCUUUUCAAAAAGGGCUUUUGUAUAGGAAAAUGUGAGAAAUAAAUAUUUUUACCUCCCAAA